AGCGAUCUCCACCUCCUUGCCUCCUCUGUCACUCUGAGCAUGUCCUUGGAGCACCUCACAGCCCAGCAUGGGGUCAUGCCAAGUGGCCCAUCAGAUCUUCAGGGAGAGAUGGGAAAUGCAUCCAACACCUCUGUGUUCAUCUCCACCUUGUCAGAGAGAGAAGAUCUGAUUUUUGGCACGCUCUAUUUGGUCUUUGGCAUCAUGUCCCUCUCUGGGAACUCACUGCUCCUGCUGGUGGCCUAUCAGAAGAGGUCCAUGCUGAAGCCCGCUGAGUUCUUCAUUGUCAACCUAGCCAUCAGUGACCUGAGCAUGACGGUGACUCUCUUUCCCUUGGCCACCCCCUCCUUCUUUGCACACAGGUGGCUCUUCAACCGGGCAGUCUGCACCCUCUAUGCCUUCUGCGGGGUCCUGUUCGGGCUGUGCAGCCUCACCAGCCUGACGGUGCUCAGCACGGUUUGCUGCCUGAAGGUCUGUUACCCAGCCUAUGGCAACAGGUUCUCGCCCUGCCACGCCGGAGUGCUGCUGCUGUGCGUCUGGGCAUACGCCCUGAUGUUUGCCACCGCCCCCUUGGCUGAGUGGGGCAGCUACGGCCCCGAGCCCUAUGGGACAGCCUGCUGCAUCACCUGGAAAGCCUCCAAUAGGGAGGCCACGCUCUACAUCCUUGCCCUCGUCAUCUUCUGCUACCUUCUACCCUGCCUCCUCAUCCUCGUCUCCUACUCUCUGAUCCUCUGGACAGUGAGGGUGUCCCGAAGAGCCGUCAGGCAGCACACGUCCCCCCCGGCGAGACCCCGCAGCGUGCACAGCCUGGUCGUGAAGCUGAGUGUUGCUGUAUGCCUGGGCUUCCUGGCUGCCUGGACCCCUUACGCCAUUGUUGCCCUGUGGGCAGUCCUUGGCGACGCCAGCCAGGUGCCAGCUCUGGCCUUUGUGCUGUCAGCUGCCUUUGCCAAGUCCUCAACACUCUACAACCCCCUGGUGUACCUGCUCUUCAAGCCCAACUUCCAGAAGUUCCUCUCCAGGGACAUGGUGCUCCUCCAGGCCAUCCGCACCCUGCUCUGCUGUGGCUGCCCCAGUGCUGCACUCCAGUCUUUCCCACCCCCAGGCUUUGGUGACCAUCCUGUGGCUUGCAGAAACUGCAACGAUGCUUUUGAGUGUUUCAGUAACUACCCCAAGUGCCAUAAACUCCCCCAGGCACCCAGCAGUUCUCCCCAGCGCGCUCCCCUGGCUCUGCUGGCCGGGGGAGCUGCUCGCCAGCCUGCGCUGAAGAGGACAGUGCAGGUCAUGGUGCUUGUCACACGGAAAAGCUCAGGCCUGGGCACUGCGAAUGUGGUGGGGGAAGCCCUGCCAUCAGAUACUAUGAAAGACCUUCUUUGAGCCCAGCUGUGCUGGGCUGGGUCCUGCCAGCAUGCUGGAAGACAAACCCAAACACAACAUUACUCUCGCCUACAUACCCAGUGAGUCUCCAGCAUGUUCUGCAGGUGAAAUGAUGUGAAGAUUUAAGACCAACUUUGCCUCCCACUCUAGCCUGGCUCUUGUGACUCUGAGCCUAGUCUUUGCACUUGAAAAAAAAUCCACCCUAAUAGACUUCCCAUGCCUGAAAUCUUCCCAGAGUGCAAGUCCAGGGUGUAGUUUCUCCUACAACUUGCUCUCUGGGCUCUCGGCCUUUGUUUUUCCAUCCUGGUGCUCUGAUGACCAAGUAGGAACUUGGUUGUCUUAAGAAUUUGUGCCUGGCAGGGGGGCUGUGGGCCAGGAGGCCCCUAGAGGCAUCCUGCCCCCUAUAGCAGCUCCUCCAGUCCCUGCUGAUCGUGUCCUUUCCCACCAGGGCAGGGGACCGCUCCAUUCAGCUACCUCACUUGGGGUUAUGAAGCAUCUUUAGAUACCUCUAGAGCCUGCUCUCUGUGCAGGUGGUGUUACCCCACUCCCUCGGUUUGAAUACAAACCCACUGCUGUCCUGUAGAUCGAAAUGGGAGCUUGCCUUCAGAGUGAGAAUUUGGGGUUAAAGUAACCCCAGUGAGUAAGAGCAGUCCCAGGCUGUGGUGUCCCGGUAGGAAAUGGUGGAUCAGUGGCCGAGCACCACCCUGCAGCUGCAGCUGUGGCCACAGGGUGGCAGCAGUGACAGGGGAGUUGUUGCCAUCACUCUGCUGUGCCGGGAGCGGCUGCCUGGCCAGCAGCGUCCUGCGGGCGUAUGGUCACACACCCCCAGUUAAAGAUCAGCGUGGACAGGCAACCCACGGCAAGGGUCUGGGCUGAAAACGACCAAGAGGCUGUGAAAGGGCCUGAUGCAGAGCCAUCAAGAGAGUCCCCAUGUCCCGCCAUUUACUGUGACAGGCGCAGGCAGGCUUGCAGCCACCUCUCUCCCAUAGCAAGCUGGCAGCUCUGGGGUGAAGUUCAGCUGGGGCUAAGCUCAGGGGAUCCCUAUCCCACCCCCAGCACCGGGCUGCUAGUGUGCCCUGCCUUGGGGCACAGGCGGGAACCUGUUUUGCUUUGCGGGGUCUGAAUAGCACACACAGGGUGCUGAAGGGUUAGGUUAUGCCCCCAAAAAUGGGAAGAUACAUUCGAGGUGGUGAGAAGACUCAGAAGAGGUGGGAACUGCGCUGCCUGCUGGCGCCUAGCCAGGCAGAUUUUUGUGGAAGUGCUUUACAUUGUCGCUGAUUAAUAAAUAAACCCACACCUCAACACAUCCCAGGGCUGCAGCAUCAAACCAUGGAUGUGCCAAAUGGGAAUAGCAAACCAUUUUCUGCACCGAGUGCUGAGAAACAGAUGCUGCUUCCAGGACCGCCCCUGUCUGUGAUCUGCCUACAGGUCUGCUUGCCAGCUCUGCCUGUAAACUGACCCAAUGCUCUCCCUCCUCCCUCCCUAUCCAGAUACAGAACUUGUUAUUUAUAGCAGUUGCUCCCAGAACUGCCUUUUCUUAACAGAGAUAAAACAACCUCUUCCCUGCCCAAGGCACCCAGCACCUGAUAAAGGUCUUCCUGCUGUGAAGCUGUGCAGAGAUCCAGAGGUGUGCUCUCAGGGGCAGGCAGCAGGUGCCCACCUCUGUCCCGUUUAAGGUGCAGACUUGGUAUCACUGAAACUAGGCAUUAAAAAUGCUGAGGUCUUUUGGCCUUGAUGUCAUGGUCCAGUUCCAGCACGGGCGGCAGUGGGGCUGGUGUGAGUUCUGUGGUGAGGUGGUUGCAAAUGGUUGCUGCAUGUGAAGGCACCCAACAAAGCAGCAAAGGGUGCUGGGUGUGGGUGCCUUUACUGCCUUUACUUUCCCUGUGUGCCAUCAUUACUGUGUGCUGCUGCCCAGCUCUCGUUAGCACGACAGCAUGGCAGUCGUGUCACUUGCUUUUGUUCCUUGGACAUCUCCACGCAGCUGCUUUAACUGACAUUUUCCCUGUGACAGAAGAGAGCCUGUGACAAGGGAGGGUUGAUACUUCUGGGGUGCACGUGCAUCAUCUUAGGAUGGUUUUGCCUAUGUGUGCUACCUGCAUAGGUUGGGGCAGGGCAGGGUUCAUGCACAAAAGCCAAGUGAUAACUGAAAGGCCAUGCAGGGAGUGAUGCUCCGUAGCUUCCCACUCCUACUAUGCAAAAUGCUCCUACCCAGCCCAGAGAUGUGUAGGAUUUGCAAGAUGCCAAGAAAAACCAGGCAGCCAGUGAAGAGAGCAAACAAAGUUUCCAGUGUGGGCACAGGUUUCUAGAAGGGUCAGUCGCUCCCUGGCCUGGGUCACAGCUCUCUGGCCCUGACCCCCACCACAGCGCAGGGUGCUGCUCCUCGUGUCUCAUCCCAGGCACCCUGGCACAAAAGUGAAUCAGAAGCACUCAGUCGCUGCUGAGCAGUCAUCGUGUUCCAGAAGCUGUACAUCUUUGAAGUAAAUUAGCUCCUGCAAAACUG